AUGUACAAUAUAGCAACUAAUAGGUUUGCAGAGGCAUUCGAUAAAACUUUGCACAAAUCAAAAAGAGAUUGGCACGAAAGAAUCGGUGAAGUCUUGUGGGCUUAUCUAACUCCAACACAAGCCACCACUUAUGCCUUAGUUUAUGGAGUGAAAGUUGUACUUCCUUCGGAGUGUCAAAUUCCGUCACUUCGAAUUGUCAUCCAAGAAGGUUUGACAACAGAAGAAAAUGCCCACUUUCGAUUGGAGAAACUAAAAAAGAAGAGAUUAGAUGCAAAAAUGCACCUGAAAUGCUAUCAAGCUCGGAUGGUGAACUCCUUCAACAAAAAGUCAAAGGCAUGGAUGAAGGGAGAGCAUACGGAACAGUCUUCGAAGGGGAAUGAGAAGAACCCCAGGCAAGAUGGUGAUGAAUUGCGAUUGGUCUAA